AUGGAGAACCUCACACCAGAACAAUGGCGCGAGAUUAUGAACAGAAAAAUGCGGUUCCCUCCGGAGCUCAUCCGUGCCAUUCAGGAUGGGAAAAUUAAGCUGCUGUGCGGACUGUUGAAGACCGGUGAUGGCAUUAUCCGCCAGUUGGAUGAGUCUGAGGAUCGCCAGUGGAGAGAAGCUCUCAACCUUUCCAUCCGCCUGGGCAAUGAGGAUGCAAUGGAUGCUCUCCUUCAGGGGGUUAAGUUUGACUUCCGGCAGAUUCAUGAGGCCCUGCUAGUUGCUGUAGACACCAACCAGCCCAAAGUGGUCAAGCGUCUGCUGGACCUGGAUCAGGAGAAAGGCAACAAAAUGGAUGUGCGAUCCUUCUCUCAGGCCAUCUUUGACCACUCUAUUGACAACUCCCAGUUUGCCCCUGGUGUGACGCCUCUGACUUUAGCCUGCCAGAAAGACUUGUAUGAUAUAGUCACAAUGCUAACCCAAAAAGGCCAUGUCAUCCCAUGGCCUCAUAAGAUUUCCUGUGCCUGUCUGGAGUGUCGUAAUGGCCGACAGUACGACCUACUCAAAUUCUCUUUAUCUCGUAUCAACACUUACCGUGGCAUUGCUAGUCGGGCCUACCUCUCAGUCACCUCUGAUGACUCCAUGCUCAGUGCUUUUAGUCUCAGCAGAGAGCUGCGUAAGCUCUCACAAAAAGAACCAGAGUUCAAGCCUCAAUACCUGGCUCUGGAGGAGCUUUGUCAGGAGUUUGCCGUUGAGUUGCUGGGCAUGUGUCGCAACCAGAGCGAGGUAACCACAAUCCUGAACAGCUGUGGAGACCAAAGCCACAAUUCCAUGGAUGAGCAGGCCUUUGAGAAAGGAAUUCCUAACCUGUCUCGUUUCCGGCUUGCUGUGAACUACAACCAGAAGCAGUUUGUGGCACACCCAAUCUGCCAGCAGGUGCUGUCAUCUAUUUGGUGUGGGAACCUGGCAGGAUGGAGAGGUAGUAGGACAGCCUGGAAGCUUCUAGUCUCUGUGGGGAUCUUCCUCACCAUGCCCUUUCUCUGCCUUGUCUAUUGGGUCGCACCCAAAUCUAAGAUGGGAAAGAUACUGAAGAUUCCUGUUAUCAAGUUUCUUCUUCACUCAGCCUCUUAUCUAUGGUUCCUCAUCACCUUACUUGGAGAAUCAAUAAUAAUGGAGAUGUAUCGGGACAAAUUUGCUUCCCGCCAACAGAACAUCCUGCAUAGCUCCUUCCACAUGGUGUGGGUUGUUGGAUUCUUUUGGUACGAGUGUAAAGAAGUGUGGAUUGAGGGGCUUCGGAGUUACUUUCUGGACUGGUGGAACUGCCUGGACAUGAUGGUGCUCAGCAUGUACUUAGCAUCGUUUGCAUUACGUGUGCUCAUCAUGCUUAAAGGACACUUUCUCUGCAAUGACCAAAGUGGCGGGGAGGAUUGUAUCUACUUCACUCAAACAGUGCGUGACAACUGGCAUCAGGAGGAUCCCCAGCUGAUUGCGGAGCUGCUGUUUGCAGUGACCAGCAUGUUAAGUUUCACACGGCUUGCAUACAUCCUGCCAGCCCAUGAAUCUCUGGGAACUCUGCAGAUCUCCAUUGGGAAGAUGAUUGAUGAUAUGAUGAGAUUCAUGUUUAUAUUAAUGAUCAUUGGAACAGCCUUCCUCUGUGGGAUCAACAACAUCUAUGUCCCUUAUGUUGUCUCUCCACAUCUUGGCAGGUUUAACGAGACGUUCCACUUCUUAUUCUGGACCAUGUUUGGGGUAGCCAACCAGGACUACGUGGACAUGCCACAGUUUGUGAUGGCGGAGUUUGUUGGGAGGAUUCUGUAUGGCAUCUUCACACUCGUCAUCGUCAUCGUCCUGCUCAACAUGCUGAUUGCUAUGAUCACCAACUCCUUUCAGAAAAUUGAGGAUGAUGCCGAUGUUGAGUGGAAAUUUGCCAGAUCAAAGUUAUACCUCAGUUACUUUAGAGAAGGUCUCACUAUGCCUGUGCCUUUCAACAUCAUACCGUCGCCCAAAGCUGUCUUUUAUAUUUUAAGGGGUAUCUUUAGACGAAUCUGCUGCUGCUGCACUUGUAACUCUGAAGAGAAGUAUCCCCCCUUGGCCUCUAUGACCAAUAAUAAGGGAUCUGAGCAGCAGGUGAUUGAAGCUUUAGUGCAACGCUACAUUGAGUCAGCUCGCAAGGAGUUCGAGGAGACCAAGAGGAAAGAUAUCGGUAAUCGGAUCACUGAGCUGAGCAAAGCAGUCUCCAGGAUGCACAUUGAUAUGAAAGUGAUCCAGCAGCUUCUGGUAGAUGAUGGACACACUGCAAGUGAUGCCCUGGUCAAGGAGGGCUCCUCCGUACUGGGAAAAUACAUCAUUGGUGCCAAGAACAAUUUUGUAGGUUUUAACAGCAAACAGGAUGAGAAAAAUGCAUCACUUAAAGUGACUGUGCACCAUGGAGAGGAGGAGGUGGGUAAAGAAAAGGUUGACUCGGAUAGAAAACAGGAGUCUGAUGCUCAACAGAAUCAGUUGAAUGAAUGUGUAGCAGAGGGGUCAAAGCCAGUAACAGACUGUGAUGUGGUGAAAAUGGAAGAAGGAAGAGCAGAAGCAGAGAAAGAAGACAAGGAUGAAAGUGAGGAAAAGGAGCAGGUAGAAGCAGACAAAAAUGAAAAAGGUGACAAUGUAAAAGUGGAGGUGGUGAUGAGGACAAGUUUAAAUAAUGUAGAGGAUAAAGUGAAUGAGGCUAAGCAGGAUGAGGUAGAAAAAACAAUGGAAGAAGAAACUCUGACAGGGACAAAGGCAGGACAAAAACACUUAGAGCUGCAAGAAAAAAAAGUGGAGGCAAAAAGGAUAAUUGGUAGAAAGUUUGAGUAUAAUGCACCUGAGAUGUCUGGUGCCAAGGAGGGCAAAGAAAAAGCUGGAACAAAGAAAACGAUCCCUUCACCUACAGGCAGCAGUAGUUCACAGGACACAGGUUUCGGUUCCCAGGAAGGUGAGGAAUCAAUUGAUGGGAUACUAGUGAGACCGUGACAUUGUCGAUGUCCCUAAUAAAGACAUCCAAUAUGUUUGGUUAAAAUGUUUUCUUGAAAGGUUUCAGCUUUAUAAUUUUGGCUAUGUUAACAACAAGGCUUAGUGGUAGGGAUGUUCUCAGUGUGUCCACUCAGAACUAUUGUCCAAAGCAACAAAUUGUAAGCAAAUGUCAGAUUGCUUCAAAAUAUCUGAUAGAUUUGAAGUCCUAAGUGAAUUAUUCUGUGUGACUACACAGACCUACCAUUUUGACCUCAUGAGCAGGGUCUAAGAAAAUAAGUACCAGCAAAUAUAAUGUAAGAAUACUUGCAGGAUGUUUCUUGUAAUUAAAUUGGCUGAGCACACAUCUUUAUUGUCAGGUUACUGUUGUGCUAGAACCAUUUGUAGAUUUUUUUUUUUUUUACAGAUUUAAAAAAAAUCUUGAAGCAAAAUUUCCUGAAUUUAAGGAAUGUAGCCCUUUACAUUCCUGUCCAUAAAACAGCAAACAGUUCAUUUAUUAUUUUUCUACUAUAAGAAAGCAUUUCUUGUAAAUAAUAGAACUUUAAGUGAAUUGCUGUUUGCCUAAAAGCGAGGCUAGCUUUUUUCUUUGUUUACCGUUGGGCUAGCAUAAGCUAACCUGCAGCCAGCUUUAGCUUCAUAAUAACUGUACAGACUUGGGGGGUAACUAUCUUCUCAUUCAUCUAUCACCAGAAAGCAAAUCAUUGUAUUUUGUAAAAAGUUUCAAGAAUUUAUUUUACCCUAAUCAUUGAUAGUGUGAUAGUACUUUUAAUUGAAUCCAUGCUAAUUGUCAAAGAUUGUAGCAUGAAGCUUUCCGGCUAAUUCUACUCACAUCAUGGGUGAAUAAUAUAAUGACUCACUUAAGCCAAACCUAUAAGACCACAAAAAGUUAUAUAGUGGAGGUUCAUUGGUCAGUCAAUUAAGGCUGAUUAUAUUGUUAUAUAUUUUGCUGUCCCUUUACUUACUCUUCAACUUGUCAGUAACAAAGAGCCCAAGUUAUUCUAACUUAUACAUAAAAAUGCACUUGAUUCUCACAAAAAAGUUUCAAACUGGAGUUACUUUGUAACACUAUUAAAACAUUUACAAAUUA